GGAGGGGCGGGCGGGGGGCGGCGGUUGGGCAGCGUCGCUUCUAAGGCGGAGGAGGAGGAGGAAGGAGGGCGAGCGAGGAGGAUGGCGGAGUCCGGGCUCCUGACGGAAUUCUAAUGAAUCAUUGAUUGACCAGCACCAUUUUGCCAAUUGGAAUGAGUUAUCAGAAAUGGGAAUAGAUUCAACAUGUAACAGAUUGGCUGUUACUCCAUGGUGAUUACUUCUUCAAGCCAACACUUUUUUAAUUCCAUAGGAUUUUUGUCUCUUCAUCUUUGAAUUCCAGUUCCUAUAGGCAAAUAAAAUAAAAGGAGUUCAUGUAGUUUUUGCUCAAGCUUGAGUAACCAUGAGUAGUAGCUUAGGAAAAGAAAAAGACUCUAAAGAGAAAGAUCCCAAAGUACCAUCAGCCAAGGAAAGAGAAAAGGAGGCAAAAGCCUCUGGAGGUUUUGGGAAAGAAGGUAAAGAAAAAGAACCUAAGACCAAAGGGAAAGAUGCCAAAGACGGAAAGAAGGACUCCAGUGCUGCCCAACCAGGGGUGGCUUUUUCAGUUGACAAUACGAUCAAACGGCCAAAUCCAGCACCUGGAACUAGAAAAAAAUCUAGCAAUGCAGAGGUAAUUAAAGAGCUCAAUAAAUGUCGGGAAGAGAACUCAAUGCGUUUGGACUUAUCCAAGAGGUCUAUACACAUAUUACCAUCAUCAAUCAAAGAGUUGACUCAAUUAACAGAACUUUAUUUAUAUAGCAACAAAUUGCAGUCCCUCCCCGCAGAAGUGGGCUGCCUAGUAAAUCUCAUGACACUGGCGCUGAGUGAAAAUUCACUUACCAGUUUGCCUGACUCUCUUGAUAACUUGAAGAAGCUACGGAUGCUUGAUUUACGGCAUAAUAAACUGAGAGAAAUUCCUUCAGUGGUGUAUAGGCUAGAUUCUCUCACCACUCUCUACCUUCGCUUUAACCGUAUAACUACUGUGGAAAAGGACAUCAAAAACCUGUCAAAACUCAGCAUGCUUAGCAUUCGAGAGAACAAAAUCAAACAACUACCUGCUGAAAUUGGUGAAUUAUGUAACCUCAUUACGCUGGAUGUAGCUCACAAUCAACUUGAACACCUUCCAAAGGAGAUUGGAAACUGCACACAGAUAACCAACCUUGACUUGCAGCACAAUGAACUGCUAGACCUCCCAGAUACUAUAGGAAACCUGUCCAGUUUAAGUCGUCUUGGUCUGAGAUAUAACAGACUGUCAGCAAUACCCAGAUCACUGGCAAAAUGCAGUGCACUUGAAGAAUUAAAUUUAGAGAACAAUAACAUUUCUACUUUACCAGAGAGUCUUUUAUCAAGUCUUGUGAAACUGAAUAGUUUGACCCUAGCUAGAAACUGCUUCCAGUUAUAUCCAGUAGGUGGUCCAUCUCAGUUUUCCACCAUCUAUUCCCUCAACAUGGAACACAAUCGAAUCAAUAAAAUUCCAUUUGGUAUAUUCUCCAGAGCGAAAGUAUUAAGUAAGCUGAACAUGAAGGACAAUCAGUUGACAUCACUUCCUUUGGAUUUUGGAACUUGGACCAGCAUGGUAGAAUUGAAUUUAGCCACUAAUCAGCUCACAAAGAUCCCAGAGGAUGUGUCUGGUCUUGUUUCUCUUGAGGUUCUAAUAUUAUCAAACAAUCUUCUAAAGAAGCUUCCUCAUGGUCUUGGAAACCUUAGGAAGUUAAGAGAGCUGGAUCUAGAGGAGAACAAAUUGGAAUCCUUACCAAAUGAAAUUGCUUAUCUUAAGGAUUUACAGAAAUUAGUCUUGACAAACAACCAGUUGGCCACGCUUCCCAGAGGCAUUGGGCACCUUACCAAUCUCACGCACCUGGGCCUUGGAGAGAACCUGCUUACUCAUCUUCCCGAGGAAAUCGGUACACUGGAGAACCUAGAAGAACUGUAUUUGAAUGACAACCCCAACCUGCAUAGCCUUCCCUUUGAGCUGGCUCUUUGCAGCAAGCUUUCAAUCAUGAGUAUUGAGAACUGUCCACUCAGCCACCUUCCACCUCAGAUUGUUGCUGGGGGUCCUUCUUUCAUCAUUCAGUUCCUGAAGAUGCAGGGUCCAUAUCGUGCCAUGGUCUGAUACAAAUCUACUGGUCCCACACACUGUUCAAAAGUAGACUGCCAUUAAUGUUUCACAUCUAUAUCUGUAUCUAUUUACGUAGAUAUUGAUAUAUUUGGCAGAUUUAUAAAGACUGCAUUAUGUGUUUCUGCUAAUAGAGGAAUCAUAGCCAUUUAGAUUUUUUUUAAUUCUGUACAAAAAGCUUAUAAGUUUUCUUUGCUGACCUUGGAUAUUUUUCUGUUUGUAAUAUGAUACUCCAGUUUGCUUAAAACAUUUGUAAACAAAUUAUGAAUUUAUUAAAUUUAAGGGGCAGAGGUAGUAUAGUUAUACUUUCUCUUAGCAAAUAUAAUGGGCAAGCAAUUUUGUUGCAACUUUUCAUAGGCAUUUUCCCCUUACCAACUGUCAGACCUUUAUAGUAUUAUAGGCCAUGAAGGUAGAAUUUUUCUUUAACUUAUUUUGAAAUUUGAGAUUUAAAUUUUAUAUAUUGUUUACAGUCAGAGUAAAUCACUGGAUUUUUGUUGUUGUUGUUUUGAUUUGCUCUGUUUUAAUCAGUCAGAUCUAGAGUUUAUAUCAUCUAAAGAAUUUGCAUCAGCUGAUUCAGCUAUUAAAAGAUAUUUGUUUUUUGAAACAAUGGCAAAUUGAAGAUACAGGCAGAAAUUCUAGAAUUCCUUUCAUCAUGAUUCUCAGAUCAAUUGUAAAGCAAACUAUUUGACAGGAGUCUUUGGGGUGGGUGGGGGAGGGCACUGAGAUCUUUUCUAGUACAAAUGUCUUUUCUUAAGUUUGGGGGAAAUAUAAAAGAAGUUUCAUUCUUAAAAGUUGCAGGUCCACAAAAUAGAACAGAAUAAUUUAGCAAAAAAAUACACAUAAACACACAUUCUAUAUAUGUAUAUACAAUGCUAUAUAGAUAUGUAUUUAUUAUAUCAUAAACUACAUUAGGCAACUUUAAGGAUUUCUCCCUAGCCUUGUACAAUGAAAAUGAAUGUUUUUCUUUGAACACUGCAAUAUAUGUUCCAAGGUUAUUUAACAGUGUACUAUGGUUUUAUAUCUUGACUUGCCUUGUACAUCUUUUCAGUUCUGGAAUAUCUGCGUCUAAGCACACUCUCUUCACACUGUGCUGUAUUGCUGCUGAACUAAAUGCACUUUUCCCCACAUGUGGGGCACUGGCUUCAAACAAUUCAGUUCAGUACCAUUGAUUUUAAUCUCAUCUUUCCUUCUUGGUAGUUGCUAACACACUUAUGGAAAAGAGGCACAUUGCGUAGAAGCCAUUGAUAGUUCAGUGGAAGUUCUGUAAGAUGUGCAUGUGCUGUUCGAUGUUUUUCUUUUGCUCUACUAUUUUAAGGCUGGCCGUGUUGUCAGUACGAGCCCCUUAUUCAGUACUCUGACUUUUGGUAGGGUCAGUCUCAGUCGAUUUAAUUUUUGAAGAGACUCACAGAGCAAGAACUUUCUAGAUACCACCCUAAAAAACACUUUCCAUAUAAUGAAUAACUAUUAUGUGUAAUUACAUGUUGCUGCUUGGAUUUCUUUUUUUACUUCCUUUUAGAUGGGCAUUGUGUCUUAAACCAUUUUUGAAUUAAGGCCAUGAUAUAAAGAUAGAAAUUUUGAGUGUUGCUUUGCUUUUCCUGGUGCUCAAAAUCAGGACUAAGUUUGAGUUGGAAACUGUAAUUGUAAUUGGCAAAUUGUUAAGGAGCAACUAAGGAAUUGAAGGCAGGUGAAGAUAUAAAACCCUAGAAUGCUUAUAUGUGCUGUAAAACUAUUGUAGAUAUCACUGGAUUUUACCAAGUAAUAUCCUUUCUUCUUUUUUUCCAUCUACUGUGGCUUUUCUGUUAAAAUUUUGUUUAUAAAAGGAAUUUGUUUAUUACGGCUCUACUUGGAGCUUGUGUGUAUGUGUGGUUUUUAAAAAUCCUCAUAUCCAAGCGUGCUCAUGUAUUGAGAUGAUGGAACUUGAAUUUUAAAGGGAGUAACCUAAUGUCUUUUUUUCUUUUUGAAAAAAUGGUUAUUGUUCCUUAAAAAUGAAAAUACUUUUUUUGAAACAUUUUGGUUCCCCUACCUUCAUUUAUAUUGAUCUGUAACAGAUGCAAAAUGAUCAAAAUCUUACAUGUAGAAGUGAUGUUAUAGGCAAACUGGUAUAUAGCUAAGGAGUUAUAACACUUUUUUACAAAGCAUAAAACAUGUUUCCUGGGUAUGGCUGCCACCUUGUAAGAGCCCAUAAAUUUUAUUACUUCUAACAAGAAACUAAAGUGGACUCUAAUUGGUAUACCCUUGUGAAAUCAAGAUAUUUAAUAUUAAAGUUAGAAUAUAAGGGAUAUUGUUGACUACAUGUGUGCUAAUACUUUUCCUGAACUACAGUAGGACUACCCAGCAUGUCCAAAAUUUUUCUUCUUAAAGAAAAAUUGUCUUUUAAAGAAAUUAGGUUAGUUUCUCCAUGAGGCACAAUAACUUUAAACAAAAUGUCAUAGAAUGCUACAUUGCUCUAAACUUCGCCUUUUGUUAACCUACAAAAUGGGGCAAAAAUAGGUUUACAGUUGUGCAUAUGGAAAAUAUAUUUAAUAAAUAAUAAUACAAGAAUAAACUGUUUUAUGUACUCACAACUGUAAACCUACUUUUGCCCCACCCUAGAGAGUAGGAAAACAGCAAUAACUAUGUCAAACAGUCCUUGUGGUAGUUUACUACUGUUUAAAUUCCAAAUGAUUAUUUCAUACAGAAAGAAGGGGACAAUCCUAAAUAACUUAAGGAUUUGAUGGAUACAAAAGAAAGCGGUAGAAAAUAGAAACUCUCGGAGGAGAAAAUACACAUAAAACAUUUAUUUGUACUUAUAUUAAAAGAUGGGUGAUGCAAUUGGAAUAAGCUCAAAAUGUAAUUGCAUAUUUCUAAUUUAUCUUAUAAAGUCUGAAUCAUUUAAAAUGGAUAAACUGUUAUACAUCCCAGUUUAUCUAGUCUUUCUCCAAUACCUUUGUUAUAGCUUUUACUUUUCAUCUCAGUUAUUGCUAAGCCAUGUGUAUUGAAUCCACAUUUCAGCUUGCAGAAUUUGUAAUUGUUCAUCAGUAAGAAUGGGUUGUGGUUAAAGCAUGUAAAAUGGGACCCUUUGAAAUGGAAAGGGGACACUACUGAUUGUUGUAUUGGGCCAGCAACCGUACAUCAGAAUGUCCCUGGAAAAUGAGGAUUUGUGAUUACUCUUGCAUGACUAAGCUUAGAUAAAAGCAAAUGGCACAAUCCAAAAUAGGCAGAAGAACUUGUACAGAAAGAUUUCCUUCCUCCUAUACUAGAGGAUAAGUAGGAUACCAAAUAUCUUAGCUAAAAUGUUUUUCUUGCUUUAUUCUUUUGGUUAGUUUAGCCCUUAAGAGCCAAUUUGGGCCAUUGGAAAAUGUGACAAUAUUUGGUUGAUUAUUGGAUCUCUGAGAAUUUGAAUAUGUAGAGUUGUGACAUUGAUUUGGUAUCUAAGGGAAUAUCUUGAUGUUAGAUUAAUAAAGUAUUAUGAGAUUUUUAUAAAAUAGUUAUCAA